GCACGCAUUUUCAAUAUUCCUCUCGGUAAUUGCGAUAUAUUACAUCCACGCGGCACCUCGCGCACCGUCAGGAUGAUCAUGAUCAUCGGCCUAUUCCUGAUUGCUGCAUGGACCGAGCACGCUGUCGCUGAACUUCCACCGGGUGUGCAGCCCUGUAGCCGUACGAAUGACCUCGCACAAUACGACAGAUGCGUGCUGAAGCAAUUGAAAGCGAUCACGCCGUACCUGGCCAAGGGGAUACCGUCGUUGAAACUCCCCGCGCUGGACCCCCUGUUCCUCCCUUCGCUAACGGUCGACAGGAACCUGGAGGCGUUGAAGAUCAAGGCGAACAUGAGCCAGAUACGCGUGCACGGAGCGACCAAUUUUCUAAUCGACGACCUAAAGGCGAACCCUAACGACCUCUCGGUGAGCAUCAAGGUUCAGCUGCCGCACGUCCACGUGAACGGCGACUACGACGUACAAGGAAGGCUGCUGCUACUUCCGCUGAACGGGGCUGGCAGUUUUAAAGGAAACUUCACUAACACGGAAGCGCAAGUGAACGCACAAGGCAAGGAGGUUACCGACAAAAAUGGCGUCCAGAGGUUGGAGAUCGAUAAGCUGGUAACGAAAAUUCGUGUUGGCGAUGGGAACAUUAAAUUGAAAGCUCCUCCCACUCAUACUCUAGCUGCCGACGCAGCCGCGACGUUCUUCAAUUCGAAUCCUCGGCUGGUACUGGACAUCGCGAGUCCGAUCAUCGAGGACACCGCUGCGACCGUAAGCAGAGCGCUGGCUGCCAGAGCGCUGGGAGCACUCACUAAAGCGGAAUUGCUUCCCUAGUCCACGAUUGUUCCGCUUUGUUAUCCCGUUCAACGACGGAGACGAGUGAUCUGCCGCAGCUGCGAUGAUUGCGGUCGAGGCGGAAUCGAUUGACCGCUGAAGGCUCCUUCACUGACUCGAGUCCAACCAGAGGAGGCGUCAUUUUUGCGAUCGUUGAAUCUUAGACGUUGUUAGAGUGUUCGAGAAAAUAUCGCGUGUCUUUAGACACUUCUGUUUUGUUCGAUUAUUUCUUUUAUGUUAGGGAAACUAAGAGAAAAAAUUAUAGUUAUUACGACACAGUG